GUCAUGAACCGCAUGACGCUGACGUCACCGGGAGUCUGCAGACUACAGAUGCAUUGUCAGAAAUAAUUGAGCUGAAAGUAAAUUGAGAGCGAGCUGCAGAAGAAAACAAAUAAAAUGCCCCGUUUUCUCUGCUGUUGCUGCUUCUCAAGUGAAAACUCCGACACCGAGAGGCAGCCUCUCCUGCACCCCAGACCUUCUGACCUGAAUGGAGCUGGAUCAGCCCGACAGACCCGGCCAGCACAUAGUGUGAAGCAGAUGGGCCGGCUGGUGAUGAGGCGACUGUGUGUGCCAGAGUUAGACCAGAGGUUUUCAGACAUGGCCGAGACCUUCAACGACCAGCACCAGCGCUACGAGGCCAUGGUCCGACAUAUCAGAAACCUGCGUCAGAGCUCUGGGUGUAACCAUGAUGAUACACUUUCAUUAGCAGAAUGUCUGGGGACCAUCAGAGCUGAGCAUGAGACCAGGUACAGGGUCUCCCUUAAGAUGAAGGGCUAUGACUUCACCCUCAGUGUGGUUCCUGUGGUUGAAGGGGAGGAGGAGCCACCACCUCCUCCACACCUGCAACUGGCUCAGAGUGAAAUGAAGAGCACCUCAGAGUGCGCCAAAGCCACCAUUUCAAAGGGUACCACCCUUCAAGAGUUAGUAGGCUGGCUUCUCCGUAGCAAAAAUGAAAUGGCUGAGCGAGUGAAAGAAGCUGCAGGAACUUUACAGGAGCAAGGAAGACUCAAUGAGAACCUGGAGAAGAACCUGAAGGAAGUGAGGAGGGCCAAGGAGUUGUCGCUGGGAUACAGACAACGGGCCGGGGAGGUCCUCACCGAGGCCGCUCAGAUAGCAGGAACUUGUCUGUAAUGUAUGCACAUGUUAGACUGCUGGUUUAAAUCCACCAAAUACAAUACACAGGUACAGGAUCAAGUUAUUCCCAGAGUUUAUACACAAUUAUGCACAGGGAACAUCUUAUAAAUGUGGCACAUAUGCUCUCUACUUUGCCGGUCAUUACAGCCUCUGCAGUAAAAAAUUCUGUUAUAUCUCCGUUUUACAUGUUAAAAUACUCACAUUAGCACUAAAUCUGUGUAAAUACAUUUUUUUUCCCGGAUUGAUGUAAUCUUACCAGCUAACACUAGGGGGCAUUGUAGCCUUACUUGAACGUUUUAGCAGCUGCCUCUGUGUUUAAAUUCCUCAGAUUGAGUCCGUUUCUUAGAAAUCCCACUACAUGAAUAAAUAUUCCUUAAAUUAAAGAAUCAGAAAUCAAUAAUAAUUUAUGUGCUACUGUUUCCUUUUUUUCCAUAAGGAAAUAUUUUUCUAAUUUCUUCCAUAAUGCAGUAGAGAUCGGGAUACUGUCUUCUAAAGCAGUAAUGGCACAGGAAUUGUGACUGUCUCUAGUGUUUUGCUAAUGUAACAUUAGGAGGGAACAGAUUUGCUGAUUGUCAUCCACAAAAGCCCAUGCGUUUAUUAAUUAAUUAAAAAAACAGCUUCCCAUCUGCCAUUAAUGUGAAAGCAAACAACCAUGUUCAUAUGCCAUCUUGAUAAUUAAUUUAGGAAAAUCCAUUGUUCCCGAGGUCAUGGUCAAGUGCUCAUGCAUUAUUUAAACUGUACAAUUUAGAUUCCUGCUUACACUAUACAGAUGAUUGUGGCCUAAUGUAGCGAGUAAAAUCUGUAGAUGAAAAAGUUAGAGGAUUAAAGUAAAUUCUAAAUAUUUAAAUAUUAUUCUGUUUAUUUUAAAUAAAGGCUAUAUUGGGUAUGUCCUACAAAA